AUCAUUCGUCGCCAUAAAAACUACGAUCCACUACAAAAAUCGCAGCGAUGAAGCAAACGAUUAUUUUGAUCUUUGUCUCCUUGACGGCCUACGGUUUGUCUGCCUCUGACCAGCAACCAACCACCUGGACCAACCCUUACUUCUACUACCAUUACAACACUCCCCUGGACCUGCCUACCCAGAAGGUCUCGACUGAUGAAAAAGCAGGAAAUCAGCAGCAGCUAUUCACUAAUUACAACGAUCACAGUAUGCAAAACACGCUAGGAUCUCAUGUCGUACUUUUGACAACAUGCCUAAGGGAUUUGAAAACCACCAAAGCCGAUUUGGUACACACACAUUCCGAAGUCGAAACUGUGAAAAAGGAACUGAAUAAAUUGAAAGAGAAUUCACAAUUUAAUUCAACAUCAAUUCAAAUUUUGGCAAAUGCUAUGGCCACGGUCGAAAAUUUGAAAAAAGAGAUGAUCACUAAAACCGAUUUGGCACACACUACGCAGCGUUUGGACGAAACACAUGCAUCACGCGUCGAAAGCCUAAAGAAAGAAUUGAAAUCUUCACAAGCCAAAAUGGAAACCAUGCUUAAUGUCGUCGAAAGCGUAAAGACUGAGUUUACCCAUGUGUUGUCCUCAUUCGAAGCUAUGAAAAAAGAGUUGAAUGCCAACGCUGCCUCCAGCAUCGGUCGAAUGCCCAAAUCUUGUGACGAUCUUCAGAAAAUUGGCCACCGGAAAAGCGGAUUGUUCUCAGUCAUGGGAGACAAAACAGUCGAUAACGUCUACUGCGAUUUCACAAAAACAAUCAACGAUACAGGUUUUCAAAAAGUGAUUGGCCACGUCGACGUUAAAACAUCGUCUGUUUAUUUUCACGCCCAAAGAAGCUCUCCCUACACCACCCGUAAUACCGUUAUUCCAUUCGAUUUGUUGAGAUUGAACGUGGGGAAUGCCAUGAGCGUUACCGGAAUAUUCGUCACUCCUAAACCCGGCAAAUACUUGUUUAUUUAUUCGGGUAUUGGCGAGAUACAUGUAGUUGCAAGAGUCGAGAUGCAAUUGAAAACUGCAACAGUAGAUUGGUCAAGGAUAGGGCAAGCAUAUGGAGGAAUAACGCACCAGACAUUUUCACUGCAAGCCAAUUUGGAACUUGCAAAAGGAGACCAAAUUAGACUGAUGUUACUGGAAGGAGCAAUUCUUGAUAACGAAAAUCAUUAUACCAAUUUUAUUGGCCAGCUACUAGAGGAAGAAAUCCUUCCAUAGUUUGUAACGAACGAAACAAGAACCGAAGAAUUAAAAACUUUGAAAAGACGACCCAGUUUUUACACUUUUUCUUGUGAAACAAUAUCGGGGUACCGAAGAGGACUUUAUGUUUUUGGCAAAUGGUGAAUAUUGUGUUCAAAUUGAAUUGGGAUUGAUUACAAAAUAAAGCAAUGUGUCGCUAAGUGCCUGAUUUAUUA